UUCUGGCUGAACUCUUUUGAUGAGGAAGUCGGAAGCUGUCGAUUGUGCUGCACCUUGAGCUCCGUUGUGGAGAGAGCGGGGUCAGCUCCCCAGUUUCACCAUGGUGAGCGAGGGGCUGCUCUCCACAGAUGGGGAGGAGUUGCUGGCCCUGGUGAGCCAGGGUUUGCUGCCCCAGUACGGGAAGGUGUUUCUGGUCUCGGAUACAGUGACCUAUAAUGAUGUCCAUGUCGACUUCACUCGGGAAGAGUGGGCUUUGCUUGACCAUUCCCAGAAGAAUCUCUACAAAGAUGUGAUGCUGGAGACUUAUAUGAACCUCACUGCUAUAGGCUACAACUGGCAAGAUCAUAAUAUUGAAGAACAUUGUCACAGUUCUCAAAGACAUAAAAGGCUCAAAAGAAGUCAUUCUGGAGAGAAACCUGAAUAUACUCAAUGUGUUAAAACCUUUGCAUAUCACAGUAAUCUUCAAAGGCAUCAAAGAAUUUAUACUGGAGAGAACCACUAUGAAGCCUUGAAGUAAAUAAUUCAUCAAGUUCAGUAAAGACUUAUGUGAGGAUCACAUUGUGGCUUCUAUUUUGCUAUUUGGGAGGUAGAUAUAAAAGUGUACUAUAUGUGUAGCAAAUCCAUUUAAUGAAUUUUGUAGCACAAGUUCUAAUAGGCAUUAGUAGUAAAGGCCCAGGAAAAGAUAGAAGGAAAAAAUACUAGAUUGAAACCCUAUGAACAUAAUGAAUAUGGCAAAGCCUUUUUACAUCACAGUCAUCUUCAGAUACAGAAAAGAAAACAUACUGGAGAGAAGGCCUAUGAAUGUAAUCAGUGUGGUAAAGUCUGCAUGUCACAGUCAUCUACAAGUACAUAAAAGAAGCCAUACUGGAGAGAAGCCCUAUGAAUGUAAUCAGUGUGGAAAAGCCUUUGCAUGGCAGAGUAAUCUCCGAAUACAUGAAAGAAGCCAUACUGGAGAGAAGCCCUAUGAAUGUAAUCAGUGUUGAAAAGCCUUUGCAUGCCAUUGUCAUCUCCAAGUACAUAAAAGAACGCAUACUGGAAAGAAAUCUAAUGAAUGUAAUUAGUGUGAUAAAGCCUUUGCUUUGCUUAUAGCAUAGUUAUUUUGAAGGUGCCUCAAUGCCUGUGUUAUAGUAAUGAAUGCUUAUAAGAGAGAAACUUUUAUGUGUAAAAAACUGUUUGUUUCAAGAGUUGUUUUAAUUGUAAUUAUGUGAUGUCAUAUGUUUGUGUGGGUACGUAAAUUUUUCAUGUUGGCUUCUGAGAAUAUUCAACCCUAGGAUCUUCUUGUAGCAAGAAUUACAGGGGGCUGGAGAGAUGGCUCAGCGGUUAAGAGCAUUGCCUGCUCUUCCAAAGGUCCUGAGUUCAAUUCCCAGCAACCACAUGGUGGCUCACAACCAUCUGUAAUGAGGUCUGGUGCCCUCUUCUGGCCUGCAGGCAUACACACAGGAAGAAUAUUGUAUACAUAAUAAAUAAAUAAAUAAAUAAAUAAAUAAAUAAAUAAAUAUUUAAAAAAAAGAAUUACAGGAAGUUGUCAAAAAUUAGGCCUUGGUCCUAGGAAUUGUCCAGACAUGUUUCUAGUGCUGUAAAUAUUUUAAAGUCUAUUUGUAUCAUGUUGAAGUCAAGAAAUACAGAUAAACUCAUAUGAGAGAAAAACUCUAUUCCUGAAAAUGAUUUUGUAAAGACAUUAUACAUCACAUUUGUCUUCAGCUUCAAGAAAAAAAAAACAUGUUUCAUUUAUUUUUUUUUGUAAUAGCCUUGAAGGAAGUAAAUUACUUACCAUGUUCACUGAAGACUGAUGUUAGAGAUCACUUCAUUGUGGUUUCUACUUUGAAACAUUUGAAAUGAAACAUACUAAAAUGUG